AUUUGUUAUCUACAUGAAUGACACUAAUGAACAUUGAACACGUCAAAAUUAGUUUUUUGAUUCAGCGACUGAAACUAAAAGAUGUUUUGAAAAUGUAUUUGUUGACAAUUAUAUUGUUUUGGAGUGCUUAGAAAACCUAAGAUAGAUCCUAUGAAAAUUUUGAGUGUUUUAAUGUAUCGGACGUAAUAAGUUAUUAACAAAAUGAAGGCUUUAGUUGCAACUGUAAUCAGCCUUGCACUCACGACUGUGGUGAUCGGCAAUGCCUAUUACCAAAAGAAACAAUUUUAUCCAUCAAUAGUCUACCUAACAAAUUCAAAUCCUAGCAUGGCUGUUAUGUAUUUACAAGCUUUUAUCCUUGUUUUAUUACUUGGUAAAAUCUUCAGGAGAAUAUUUUUUGGACAACUGCGCCCAGCGGAAUUUGAGCAUUUAAUAGAAAGAUCUUGGUAUGCGAUAACUGAAACAUGUCUAGCUUUCACAGUAUUCAGGGACGAUUUUAAUCCAAAAUUUAUUGCUUUAUUCACUGUGUUGCUGUUUCUGAAAGCAUUCCAUUGGUUAGCCGAAGAUAGAGUGGAUUAUAUGGAAAGGAGCCCUGUAAUUGGCUUGUUGUUUCAUUUACGGAUCCUAACUCUGCUGACGUUAUUAACACAUGCUGACUUCUUUUUUAUUCAUCACGCUUAUCAAUUUACAACAUCUAAAGGGCCGUCAGUGCAACUCGUUUUUGGAUUUGAAUACAGUAUUUUACUGAUUAUGAUCAUCAAUAUUGUCAUAAAGUACACACUGCACACUAUUGACUCUCGAUGGGAGGCACCAUGGGAAAGCAAAGCUGCAGUCCUAUUGUACACUGAGUUGAUUAUAAACUUCCUGAAAGUACUACUUUAUAUUGGUUUUGUUGCUGUCAUGGUUAGGAUUUAUACAUUGCCUCUCUUUGCGUUCCGACCAAUGUAUGAAACAAUGAGGAGUUUCAAGAAAGCGUAUAACGACGUGGUUCUGUCUCGUCGCGCGAUUCGCAACAUGAACACGUUGUACCCAGAUGCCACGGCCGCGGAGCUCGCCGCCGCGGACAACGAGUGCAUCAUUUGUCGCGAGGAGAUGCACAGCGGAGCAAAGAAGCUGCCUUGCAACCACAUAUUCCACGCGGCUUGCCUCCGACUGUGGUUCCAGCGGCAACAGACAUGCCCAACGUGCAGACUGAACGUGCUGAGAGCGCCUGCUCCCGACACCCCGCACGUACCCGACGGCAUUCCCCCCGGCAAUGUCCCGCUCGUCAAUGUACCACUCGGCAAUGUACCCCUCGGCAAUGUUCCACUCGGCAAUGUCCCCCUCGGCAAUGCUCCGUUGGGCAAUGCGCCACGCGGUAAUGCUCCGGUCGGUAACGCGGCCGUUCCCCCCCCUGCACCGAACGUCGUGCCACCGCCUUUCCCGAAUAUACCACCUCCACCGAUGAUGGGAUGGGGCCUGCCGCCGCCGCCCCCGCGCCCCGCCUCGCUGGCCACGCUCAGCGCAGCCGAGCUGCAGCGUAUGGAGGGACAUGAGCGCAGGAACAUCGAGGCAAGACUACAGCUGCUGCGUGAGAUCCAAGCGAUGUUGGACGCGUCAGUGUUGCUGAUGCAGCAGUACUCCGCCGUUGUUGCCAACUUACCGCAGAACAGCGCCAAUGUUGCCACACAAACUGACAAUAUUCAAAACGAGCCAACGCCCGGACCUGCCCCUGUGAAGGUGAAAACGGAUUCCGAUGUAGGGGCCGGUGUGUCGAGCGCCACGCCCUCCACUAGCUCGGCCCAGCCCACCGCGAGCCCCGCACACACACAACACACUGACGUCUCCAGUUCCGACAAUACUAGAUUACAUGUCGAUAGAGAGCCGAAGACUGAGACCGACGCCGACGCGGACGAGCUAAGAAGACGUCGAUUGCAGAGAUUUACGGCCAAAUAAUAAAUACGAUGCACGGAAAAUUUUCAGUUCAAGUUAUCAACUUGCUAAUUAAUUGUAAUGUAAAAAGUGUUUUGGUAUGCAAACAUUGUGUAUUCUAAUCGAAAACGAAAUGUAUUUAUGUUCUUGUAAAUAUAAA